AUGUUCCUAAUUCUUUCAUAAUUGAUUGCAUCAUUUAUUUAUUGUGAUUUUUAAUAAGAAGUAGAAUUGAUACUAAAUAUUGCUGUUUUUUUGAAUUGUAGUCAUAGGAAGGUAAGUUUUAUGAGAGAGCAAUAAAUAAAAAAAGGGUGAAUUGAGUAUUAUUAUCAAGAAUUGAUUUUAUUUAUUAAAAUAUGUCCCUAAACCAAUUGUAUGGGAAACAAACAAUUAAUUAUGCAAGUACACUAUAAAAUUAAUCAUUUUAAGAGAGCUCAGACAUAUGAGAUCUCCAAAUGAUGCACAAUCAUUUGGAUUGCGUCAAGAAUUUCAUGAUUUUUCAUAGUUACAUCGACAACCUGCAGAUACAAAUAAACAUUAAAGAGCAAAGUCAACUCUAUAAAACAAUUAUAGACAAGGCACUCCUAUAACAGAUCUAGAGGAGAUGGAAGGAGAGAAAUUGUUUGAUUAGUUUUUUAAGUUUAACAACUCUAAAAGCGAAAGCGAUUUUAUGAGGGAUUCAAUGUAGAGAGAUUAAAAGCAGCCUGAAUCAGAAUUCUUAAGGUUUGUAGAGAAUGCAAUAGAAUAUCAUAAGUAAUCUGAAUUGCAUUUUCGACCUACUAUAAAAAAGAAUUAACAUUUAGAGUAGAAGACAAGAGAACUUACAGUGUAGAAUAGGUUAUUGGCAAGCGAAAUUAAUAGAUAUAAACAGAGAGAGAGUGAAUUAAAAAAUAAGAUAAAAAUAAUCCAAAAAGAAUAUUAAUUAGAGUUGGGUCAAUUGAUAUAGAAGAAUGAAUGGUUGGAAGAGUUGUUGGUAAAACAAAAAAUAGACAAUGAGAAUUCCUUGUUGGCUGUUAAGAAAUCUUUAGAAAUGAUGUAAGGAAGGUGUAUGUGUCAAAAGGGAUUGGCUGAUAAGAUAAUGAAGGAAGUCAAAUAACAAUCUAGACCAUAAUAUGAUCUAUAGGCUACACAUUCAUCGUCUGAAUUAAGCAGCAACACUGGAGACGAAGACUUGGAUUUUGAUUAUGUGAGAAGAAGGAAAUCUUUUUCAAAGGUACUUAAACACAAUAUAGACAGACAUCAGAAGAACAUUAAUUUUAACUAGCGAGAAGCAAGAACUUGAGGGAGUUUGCUAGAGACCAAUUUUUUCGGAAGAAACCUCUACAAGACCCUUAUUAUACAUGA